AUGGCCCAUCAGGCAGUCUCCACCCUUCGCCUUGACCCCGAACAUACCUCCUGCAUUGGCGGAAGAACGGUUCUGACGUGCCGCCAUUGUGCAGGCAAUGCACCGAGGGGGUCCAUUUGUACUAGUUGCAGUGGCCGUGGCUUCAACAUUUUUAUCUGCGCGCAUUGCAACCCAGCCGCUGCCUCGGCCCAGACCCCUGAUUCAUCGACCCCGAACUCUCCUGUAUCGCUGAGCAGAAGUUCCUCGACCUCAUUGACCGCCAGACAAGAUAUGAGAAAUCAGCCAUGGAGACGGUUCGGGGAUGGUAACGACGGUCCCGGCGGCGGACGAAUCGGGACCAAUGCCAAAUCUCGCGAUUCGUAG